GCAACUUCCUUCCCUCGUGAAACACCAGCCUCUUCAAAGGGAAGUGGAGCAGCUGAGAGAUCUAGAAACUUCAGAUUAUAGAACUGGUCAGUGAGCCUCCAGGUUUCAUCGUCAACUGGCCUAAAAGAAGAAGGGUCCCAGAGGUCUCGGAGAAACCUGAUUUUCCCAGGGAGUGAGUCCUGUGCAGAGGAAACCAGGACCAUGAGGAUUGUCCCCAUUUUGGUUUGGAUUCUUUUCCCAGGCUGCUGGGCAGUGACGGGCCCUGGCACAGCACAUGGCCAGCUGGGCGGCUUGGUGUCUGUGCGUUGCCAGUACGGGGCAGGCUAUGAGGCUUAUCCGAAAUUCUGGUGCAGACGCAAAGUUGUGCUGUGUUUCAAUCACCUCAUCUUUGAGACCAAGGGGUCGGAGGCUGAGGAGACGUGGGGCAGAGUCUCCAUCCGUGACAAUCACACCCAGCGCGUUAUCACAGUUACCCUGGAGAACCUGACGCGGGCAGAUGCGGGGACUUACCUCUGUGGGGUAGCCAGGAUUGGCCUCCCUAAUCCCAGGGACUCCGUCAAAGUCAUCGUCUCCCCAGCUGCAGCUCUUCCUCCUUCAAUCCCAAUGGAAAAGGCACCACAGACAACAGAUCAGCCAGCUGCUCCUGCCUUCACACGGAUUUCCACCGGAAACCAUGUCUCUAGCUCAUGGACGUCCUCAAGUAACAGCUCCUUGGACAGCAGUGACAUCCAAGCACAAUCCCAACCCAACAUCCUCUAUCCCUUGUUCCUGAUCGUCCCCGUCUUCCUGUGCAUAGUCUGUGCUGUGAUCUGGGUGAGCAUACAGUACCGGAGGAACUCCAGGGAGAUGGUGCCAAACAGACAUGCUGAGGAAUUGCCCCUCUCCUAACUUAGGAAUGGGUCAGAAUCAGCAGAAGAAGGAUGCAUCCCUCAGCUCUGCCCACAUCAUAAGUCCACAGAGUGGGCCUGACUUUCCUCUCAUGUAAACAAACUAUUUUCGCCACAUUCUUAGGGGACAAUCUCCUGCAGGUGUCUGUCUCUGUGGUUCCCAUGUCUAGGCUCAGUUCCACAUCAUAAACACUAUGAAUGGCUGGCAAGAAAAAAGGGGGAGGUGGGUAUUCUUGCAGCCAACUUAGAUGGCCCAGCACUGAUGGUGCUGCAGAAUUUACCCCCAGAAAAAAGACGGAGUUUUCCAAACCUGGCACAAGCCCUUGACACGUGGUUUGGAGCUAGCCAUCAAUCUGAGCUGGCUCGGACACAGCUAAGAGCUAGGAGAGGGAAAGUAGUAACCCCACCUGAAGUGGUGGAAGACCUGCAGAGACUUGUGUUCCUGACAUACUCAGCUAGCACCGUGGCCUUCCAGGAUCAAUUGGCAAUGGACCAUUUAGAGAUGCUCAGCUGGACUUGGACUUGCAGAUCAAGAUGAGUGAAAGGAGGCCAAAGACACUCCAACAGGCUCUGGCUUUAGUCACAGAGUGUGAAACUUUUCUUGGAGCUGUGCACCAGAAGAGGAAGCAGCUUAACAUAAAGAUUCAAAUAGAAGCAAAUACAGGGACUGGAAACAUAUGGCUACGGGCAAAAGAAAAAUAUAAAAUGUAAUCUAGAGCCUAUGCUUAUUCAUAAGUUCCUUUCCCGUCUAAGAAAGUAUUUCUCACCCGAUGGUCAGUCCAUACAGUGCUUGUGCAGUUAAUAAAGCUGGAA